AUGGAGACGAGGACAGAGCAUGGGAACCAGAAGCCUAUCUGGACAAUUCCUGCAAUGCUGUUCGCGAAUUUUAUUCUAAGAAUCCCUCAGCUCCUAGGAAGCUUAGAGGCAUGGAUUCAAAACUUUUCAAUUCCCUUUUUCAAACUAUGCCCAAAAAUUUAA